AUGAGCAUCUUUGCAAACUCAACGCCCUCACUCUGGGCCACCGCAUUAUCCUCUCUCUCAGAAAAGGACCGGCGGGUUCUAAAGAUCCCCAAUACAUCAUCACCGGAUACCAAGCAUAUCUUGACCGAAAUACUGGCAGCCCUCGAAACCCAACGCGACCGAUGUAAAAGAGACAAAUGGACCACUAUCAGCAUCGGGGGCAAAGAGCUCGUCAUUCGCGAUGUAUGCGCUAAAAUUGCUGCCCACGUCAAGAAAUUCAUGCAGGUGGUGGACGCGGCUGUCCAAUAUGAUCCUGUCCAUGCCGCACUGCCAUGGGCAGGUGUGCGCUUACUGCUGCAGUUAACAUUCAACGCAUUCGAGACCUUUGGUGCCAUCGUCGAGGGCCUCGAAAAAGCAACCCGACUGAUAGCCAGAUGCGGGAUUAUUGAAGCCCUAGUCAUCCGGCAUAGUAGUGGAACGACUGGUGCGAAGGUGGGGUUAGAAGAGGAACUGGUGAAGCUGUAUUCGGCGGUCCUGGGAUUCCUUUGCAAGGCCAAGAAACACUAUGAUGGGUCUCGCAUGAAACGUGUGUGGAACCUGACUUCUCGGCAGUCUCUCCAAGAAUCGGUCAAAGAAAUGGAGGCUGCAGAGCAGAAGGUACUAGUGAUGAAGGGUUUAGUUGACAGCGACCGGAUCCAGAACAUCGAUCAUAGCAUUUCGCAAAUACUCUUUACUGUGACCUCUGUCGCGGACGGUGUCGACAAUAUGCAGACGCGACUGGAUGAAGCACUAGCUGACCUCGAUAAACCUAUAGUUAGGAUUGCGGAUGAGAUGUCAGACCUGCACAUUGCGCUCAAAGAAAACGAGAGGAGCGAGCUCCUACAGUGGCUUUCUACUAUCUCCGUACAACAACACUACAGGGAAACCUUGGCAUCUGUACUCCCGGGUUCCGGGGAGUGGCUUUUGAAGCAGCCAUGCUUCGUGAAUUGGAAGGAUUCGAGUAUUUCUGAAUCUUUCUGGCUUCAUGGAAUCCCGGGUUGUGGGAAAACCAAGUUGGCCGCGAUUGUAGUCAAAUAUCUACACCGGCAGAGCAGUGGUAUAUCCAAACCAGCACCGAUUGCUCAUUUCUUCUGUUCGCAAAGCCCCGCAGAGCCGGAACGUAGCGACGCACGCGAAAUACUUCGAUCCUUGCUCAAACAGGUCUCGCUGAUCGAAGGCGAAAGGACAAUAAGGCUCCCAUCAGUCGAAGCCUAUCAAGUACGACGAGCAGAAGCAAGCCACACUGGAGAAAAGCCAGCACCACUAACAGUCGAAGAAUGCGUUGAGCUGAUAUGCGAGAUUGGCCGAGGAACGCCGCUUACUAUUGUCAUAGAUGCACUGGAUGAGUGCAGCUCGCAGCAACGUGGCAUUCUUAUUGAAGCUCUCAAAGAGAUUCGACGACAGUGUCGAGAUAUUGUUAAGAUAUUUGUGUCUAGUCGACAUGAAACGGACAUAGCAGCUCACUUCGAGGGAGGAGAGAUCUUUGAGAUCACACCUACCGUUACUGAAGAAGAUAUAAGCCAGUUUAUUCGGGUCGAAGUCCACUCUUACAUGCACAGAUGGUCAAGAAUGCACGAAGAGCCUAUACCGUUAUUGCAGCGGCUCGAGGAAGAGAUUAUAGACAAGCUCGUGGCAGGUGCACAAGGAAUGUUUCUCUGGGUGAGGCUCCAGCUCGAAAGUAUCAGUGACACUGAUCGAAUCAAAGAUGUUGAGAGUAUCCGUCAAGCAAUCACAUCUUUUCCCCCAACGUUGAAUAAAUCCUACGAAGUCAUCUACGAACGGAUCCAAGGCUUAGGUAAAGGUCCGAAGACGGUCGCCCUGCAGAGUCUUCAAUGGCUGUUAUGUGCAAAAAGAAAGCUUUCAGUCUCCGAAUUUCUUGCGGCUGUAAGCAGGUCCCCUAUGGGCUCUACUCCCAUUUCACCAGGACUCAUCAUGGAUUACUGCUGCAAUCUGGUUGUCAUCGACAACGUAGCAGACACAUUCCGCUUUGCCCAUGCCACGGUCCGAGAGUUCCUCGAAUCAUUGUCCGAUAACUCUAUCCUUGAAGCUGACUCAACAAUAACCCAGAGGUGCUUAGGCACUUACCUUUGGGGAGACUUCAGCGAGGACGGCCUAUUACAAUAUGCAACCCAGUACUGGCCCGCCCACGUGGAGCAGCUCAGCGGAUCAUCCCAAAGACUUGGAAUUCAGAAACCCAUCAUCGAAUUUCUCACUGAAGAAGAGCACUUCGAAGACUGGAUUGAAUUUCUUGAUGAACGUCCAGUCGAGCGGGGUUACAAAUGGAGUAGCGCGCUUGAGAGGAAGCUCGAGGCGUGCUUGGCUUCGCCACCGUCAACCCUGUUCACAGUCUGCUGCUUUGGUCUUUCCGAAGCUCUAGAGUGUCCAGAGAUCAUCAGAAUAAUUGAUGUGAAUCAGACGAAUAGACAUGGAACUUCAGGCCUGUAUCUGGCUGCUCGCUGGGGCUACAGUGAAGUAGUCCGGAAACUACUUCAACUGGGCGCUGAUGUCAACGGACCCGGGUAUCAAUAUGGAAGUCCACUCCAAGCAGCGUCAUUUGGUGGCCAUAAAGACGUUGUCAAAAUUCUGCUUGACCGCGGUGUCACUGCCCCUCCGACUGAGCAAGGCGAGUACUCAAGUCCACUUCAAGCAGCUCUAGCAAGUGGCCAUGAUAAUAUUGCCGGAAUCCUGAUUGACAGUGGUCCCCAUCUUGCCACACAAAUCCAAUUCAAUGAUGCGCUAGAGACCGCCAGCUUCAAAGGAUCUACUGAGAUAGUGGAGCGACUUUUAGCCGGCAAGGCUGGCAGCUUCACACCUAAUAUCCGCCCUGACCCUCUCCAGGUCGCUCUCUUCGGUGGCAAAGCAAGGCAAGCAAAACGGUUGCUACAGAGCUGCACUGAUGUCAAUGAAGUAAAAGGGUACUUUGGAAAUGCUCUCGCUGCCGCCAUCGCUGGUCGUAAAUUUGCUCUCGUGCAGUUGGUUGUCGACGCCGGAGCAGAUCUUAACGCUCGCGGACGUUUUGGCUUCCCGUUGCGGGCUGCCGCAAUAGCCAAUCAGCUUGACAUUGCGAGAUACUUCGUUGAUAAAGGAGCUGACCCCAAUAUAGAGGAUAACGAGUUAGGUGACCCACUUCAAGCGGCCGCCACCUUUGGGAAACUAGACAUGAUGCUUUUGCUGCUGUCCCACAAUACAUCUGUAAAUGGUUGUGGAGGGCACUUUGGCAAUGCACUACAAGCUGCUUGCUUCAAUGGUCAUGAGCAGGCCGUUCGACUUUUGAUUGAUCAUGGUGCUUCAUUGAACUACGGGGGCCGGUAUCGAGACGCACUGCAAGCUGCCGUAUACGGUGGCCAUGAAAGAAUUGUCGAGAUCCUUCUCGUAGCUGGUGCUAGGCUCGACCUAGGGCCACGUGAUAGGGCAUGUCCAUCGGCCUUGGACCCCUGGACAGAGAGAAGUGAGGAGCUGGACAUUCCUACGGACUUAGGUCCGCUAGAGGUCGCUGCUAGACGAGGCGACGUCAAAUCAGUCAAACUGCUCCUAGCUAAGGGGACAAUUAUCGACUCUCGUGACGCGAGGAAACGAGAUGAUUAUAGCAAAUGGUUUGCGUACAUCGCACUAAAGAUUGCGGCUUUUGGGGGACACCUCGCUGUGGUGGAGUGUCUUUUGGAUAGUGGAGUCGAUAUUAAUGCGGAAGGAGAGACACUUGGGACUCCGCUUCAGGCGGCCUUGGCAGGGGGUCACUUCGGUAUUGCAGAUGUUCUCUUGUCCCGAGGUGCAUGGAUAGAUAUGCAUUGGGACUUGUUUGGAUCCUGCCUACAGGUCUUUUGCCAGCGAGGACAUAAUGAGGCAGUCAGGUUUUUACUGAAGCGUGGAGCGAAUAUUGAAGAUCGUGGAGGCGAGCACGGAAAUGCACUCCAGGUAGCUUGCAAUGCAGGACACAUUGAUAUCGUGAAGUUGCUACUUGACAGGGGAGCCAAUGUGAGGUCGCCUGGACGAAAAAACGGCAAUGCGCUGCAAGCUGCAUCGUUGGCCGGACAUCUCGACAUAGUGAAGCUGCUGGUCCAUCAUGGUAUAGGAGUGGACGAAGCCGAUAGCAAUUCUGAAACGGCGCUUUGCCUGGCUGCAAAGAAUGGGGACGAGCACAUGAUGAAAUUUCUGCUCCAACAAGGAGCUAAAGUCGAUGGCACUUCCGUCCUGUCGUCCAGCGAAGGACUCGGCGACUUGAAUUCAGGCGGCAAGCCCGAGCGUGAUAACGAAAUUGUUGCAAGACCUUUGCAUCACGCCUCCAUUUAUGGACAGGAAUCUGCCGUCGCAAUUCUUCUCAGCAGUGGAGCAACUGUUCAUGCGAAAGGUAAGUUGCGCCUGGAGGGAUUCGUCUCCUUUAGUGAAGAUGAUCUCAGAAGACUACAUUGGACCCCUUUGUUCGCGGCAUGCUUUGCGGGCCAUGAGUCCACGGCGAGGCGGCUAUUUCAAUAUGACCCGUGGGGAUAUGUGUCUCGUGACACAUUCACAUCAGCCGUAGAGGCGAGCCUUGCCCGUAAGAAGGAGUACAUUUCAACAAUGUUGGUUCAAGAAGCAUUUAAUGCAGGAUUCAAAGCGGAACAACUUGACGGUGUGUUCAAAUAUGCCUGUGCGGAAGGAUACGCUGCGAUUGUGACACAAAUACUGGAGCAUUGUAGUCUGGAGAAUUGGCCAGAUGCAGUAUCGGUAGCUACGAAGCGGGGCAGAAGUGCUGUUGUCAAAGCUUUACUUCAACAUGGGGCUAACAUGGACUCCUGUGACGAACAUGGCAAUCUCUGGCUUGACAUUGCAAUUGAGAAGGUCAGAAACCCUGGUCAUACCUGGCACAGUUUCGAGCCUCACACAUUGCGGGGUUUCAACCCACCAAACUGGAUAGAUAUAGUCCCGAUCUUGCUUUGCGCAGGGGCAGACUCAAAUGAUCUGCCAAACAAGAUCAGAGAAAUCGUCCCCGACGUUGUACAAAGAGGGAGCCUUGAUGCUUGGAAGGCAUUGGACUACCAUCAACAUGAGGUGCUGAACGACCCUGAACUGUAUCCUCAGUUCCUGAUUUGGGCAUCGGAAACUGGCGACCUUGAUAAGAUCAAUUACGUGGCUGACAAAUAUGACCCUUCAACCGAGGAUAUCAAGUCAGCCGUUAUUGCUGCUAUCGAAGGAGUACGGAACAACGUAUCCCCUAUCAAGGCACUGAUGAGGCUCAAGACGCCAUUAUUUUUCGGCAAAGGCGUCGAUGGAAAUGGCGAUAGUGAGCCCUUAGUCAUUGCGUCGAGAGAAGAAUCUACCGAGAUCGUCUCUGUUUUGCUCCAGUACGCGACACACAGUUUUUCAACUGUUGAAGCAGCGUUGAAAGUCGCCAUUAGUCGCGACCAUGUCGCCUGUGCACGACUAAUUCUUGACUCGCAAUUUGACAAUCCAUCCGAGCUAAUAACUAUAUGCUCUCGCCUUAUCAAACACUGUUUCCCCUUUAACACGGAACCCAUGAUCGAGUAUUUGCUACAGCAAGGGGUAUCCCCAAACACUAGGGACCCCGAAACGGGAGAAACGCUAUUGUACAUUGCCGCCAUGAAGAAGGACAGUAAAGGAGCCGACGUCCUUAUCUCGCAUGGUGCCGAUGUUCAUCCCAUGGGAGGAGAGCAUGGGACAGCGUUACAUGCAGCAGCCGUCUCUGGGUCCUGGAAAACAGUGCAGUUGUUGCUUUCUGAAGGUGCAGAUGUCAAUGCUCGGGGUGGGAGUUAUGGUACGCCGCUCAUAGCGGUAAUGGCACAGGAGUGGGAAAAAGAUUGCUGGCAGGCUCAGUUCAUAGAACCCUGCAGAUUGGAAUGUCAUCGGUGCGUUGCGAGAGUGCUCCUAGAGUGGGAUGCGGAUGUCGAUGCCGAGGGAGGAGAGUUUGGGACGGCCUUACAGGUUGCGGAGAGAAUUGGUAAUGAGUUGGGGAUACGGAUGCUCAUGGGGGAUAAUACAAAGGCACGAAUUUACGGCAAAGCAAGGAAACUGCAACGAUGCACGCAAAACAAAGCAAAAGAGACGUUGUAUUGGCUAUCUAGAUGCGUGCAGCGACACAACACGAAAUGA